CUGCGCUCUCAUCAUGGCGGCGCGGGGCCAUGUGCAGGACCCCAACGACCGGCGCCUGCGGCCCAUCUACGAUUAUCUCGAUAAUGGCAAUAAUAAAAUGGCAAUCCAGCAAGCGGAUAAACUGCUCAAAAAGCACAAGGAUCUUCACUGUGCAAAGGUUCUAAAGGCAAUUGGCUUGCAGAGAACUGGCAAGCAAGAUGAAGCAUAUGCUCUGGCACAAGAAGUAGCAGCACUUGAACCCACAGAUGAUAAUUCCUUGCAAGCACUAACUAUUCUUUACCGGGAAAUGCACAGACCGGAACUGGUAACUAAACUUUACGAGGCAGCUGUAAAGAAGGUUCCCAACAGUGAAGAGUAUCACUCUCAUCUCUUCAUGGCCUAUGCCAGGGUUGGAGAGUACAAGAAGAUGCAACAGGCUGGAAUGGCACUUUAUAAGAUUGUACCCAAAAAUCCUUACUAUUUUUGGUCUGUGAUGAGCCUGAUUAUGCAGUCUAUUUCAGCACAGGAUGAAAACCUCUCAAAGACGAUGUUUUUGCCACUAGCUGAGAGAAUGGUGGAAAAAAUGGUGAAAGAGGAUAAGAUUGAAGCUGAGGCUGAAGUUGAACUGUACUACAUGAUUCUGGAACGUUUGGAGAAGUAUAAGGAAGCCUUGGAUGUCGUGAGAGGAAAACUAGGGGAGAAGCUGACGAGUGAGCUCCAAAGCCGUGAGAACAAGUGUAUGGCGAUGUACAAGAAGCUGUGUAGGUGGCCAGAGUGCAACGCGCUGUCGAGAAGACUGCUGCUGAAAAACUCAGAUGAUUGGCAGUUUUAUAUAACUUAUUUUGAUUCAGUGUUUCAACUCAUUGAUGAAUCCUGGACACCUCCAGCAGAAGAAGAGCACUCUUUGGAAGGAGAGGUACAUUAUUCCAUAGAGCAAGCUGUGAAAUUUAUAGAAGAGAGGAUAACAGAAGAAUCUAAGAGCUCACGGCCACUCCGGGGACCAUAUUUAGCUAAACUGGAGCUGAUCAGACGUUUGCGGCACAGAGGUUGCAAUGAUGAAUAUAAACUAGGUGAUCCAGAAGAACUAAUGUUCCAAUACUUCAAAAAAUUUGGGGACAAGCCCUGCUGUUUUACUGAUCUCAGAGUAUUUGUGGAUCUCCUCCCAUCCAGCCAGUACACAAAGUUCAUCAGUCAGUUGCUGGGGAUAAUCCCCCUGUCGGCAGCUGGGGAGAGCUCCAUCGCGCUGCCGGCUGAUAUCAAAGCCCUGCAGCAGCACUUGUGUGUGGUGCAGCUCUCCAGGCUGCUCGGGAUCUACCACGCUAUGGACAAGAAGCAAAAGCUGACUGUGGUCCGGGAGCUGAUGCUAAGAUACCGCCAUGGAUUGGAGUUUGGAAAAUCUUGUUUGAAAACUGAAUUGCAGUUCUCAGAUUAUUACUGCCUGCUUGCAGUUCACCUGCUGCUCGAUCUGUGGCUAGAAGGUGAAGAGAUGGCUGUGUGGCAGUGCCUAACUCUCUUAGAAGAGGGGUUGUCUCAUAGCCCUUCUAAUGCUCAGUUUAAAUUGCUGCUCAUUCGAAUCUACUGCAGGCUUGGUGCAUUUGAACCUGUUGCAGAGCUGUAUUCCAGCCUUGAUGCGAAACACAUACAGCACGACACCAUCGGCUAUCUUCUGACACGAUAUGCAGAGUCACUUGGCCAUUAUGCUGCUGCAUCCCAAUCCUGCAAUUUUGCACUCAGGUUUUUCCACUCCAACCAGAAAGAUACCUCAGAAUAUAUCAUUCAAGCCUACAAGUAUGGUGCGUUUGAGAAGAUCCCAGAAUUCAUUGCAUUUAGAAAUAGGCUGAACUCUUCCCUUCACUUUGCGCAAGUUCGCACAGAACGGAUGUUGUUAGACCUCUUACUUGAAGCAAAUAUAUCAACCAGUUUAGAAGAAAGUAUCAAGUCUAUGAGUCUGAGCCCAGAGGAGGAUGACAUUCCGUGGAAAGAUUUGCAUGACAACAGAGACCUGACAGUCUUGUUUAACUGGGAUCCAAAAGACAGGGACAUUUCUGAAGAACAUAGGAAACUCUCCCUGGAGGAAGAAACCAUGUGGUUGCGAAUCCGGUCUUUAACUUUAAGGCUAGUAAGCGGACUCCCAACUCUUAGUCACACUAUUCAACCAAAGAACUCUGAAAAGACUGCAGAGAACGGCGUCUCGUCCAAGAUUGAUACAAUUCGAUCCCUGCUUCAGCAGCUGGAAGCAGCAGUGGAUGCAGGGAAGAAGUUUCUAGAACAAAAAAUUCAGUAUCCUGUCCUUGGCCCUCCUCCUACCCGAAUGGCUGGCUUCUUCAGUAAUGGCAGCUGUCAGUGCCAGACUAGCUUGUUUUAUCUUGUUAGUGAUAUUUAUGAACUAGAUACCAAUGGCUUAGAAGAUUCAGCAGAAAUCCAAGAGAGGAUAGGGAAUAGUUUCAAGUCUUUAAUAGAACGACUAACAGACUUGUUCAAUAAAUGUAAAGGUGAUUUGAUUGAAGUCAGAGAUGGCACCUUGAAAACUCAUCCAAAGCUGUUAGAAAACCUAGUCUUCUUUGUUGAGACGAUCUCCAUUGCCCUGUGGGUAUCAAGUUACUGUGACAGUGUCCUCCGACCGUUUAAAUCCAACCUGCAAAAAAAGAAGAAGAAAAAAAAAGAAAGCAGUGUAGCAAUGCCACCUAUAUUUACACAUUUUCUGGAUUAUGUUACUGAACUACAGACAUUAACUUCCAAUGUAAUAGAUCACAUCAAAGGGCUUGAAAUAAUUCUGACUGCACUAAAACUUGAAGAGCUGUCCCUCAAGGAUACUCUGCUUUUACAGGAAGAAAAAAAGUUUACAAAGACUGUACAAGGGAAGGUCCAGAGCAGUUACCAUCACUCAGUUCAGGAAAUUGGAGAGCUGCUGAAAAAGAGACUCGAUACGAUUAAAAAACUAAAGAUUUGAGGAAUGUGUCCUUGACAGACUCCACAAGGGAGUGACACCAGAGUCCCAGACAGAAGCAACAUCCAAUAUACCAUCACUUUAAUCCAGAACUUCCUCAUAGUGCAUGAAGGACUUAAAAUCAUAAAACAGUUUUUUUAGGUAUUACAGAUGUAUUGAGCUGAUUUAAAUUAUUGUACAUAAAUGAGAAGCCGGGACCCUUAUCAGGGUUUGACCACUUUUUAUACAUGUUCAUAAGCAUACUGCAACAGGAGAAAAUUAACUUUCUUCCCUUUUGAUCUCUCGAAACAACUGGAGAUGGACUUUAGAAGCAGCAAUAGAAAUCCAGUGUAAAGCAUAUAUCUCAAAGGAGUUGUAUUUUCUUCACCAUACAGUGUUUAUAAUUUUUGUAUGGUCCUUGCCUUAGAAAUGCAGAAAUUGUAGAUGCCUGUGUUCAGCCACCUCAAAUGAAACAAGCCCGUUCCAGAACUGCUUGUUUUGUCCACAAGCCACUUGGUCCUGCUGAAUUAACUCUGUGUGUUGGUCUGGUGGGGAGAGGGGAGGCUGUGCGGGAGGAACACCUCUGGUGCUGCCUUCAGCAGAGCCUGGCCAUCCCUCGCAGGGUGGGACAGAGCCCUGCCCUGGUGAGGCAGGAUCCUCUAAGGAGAGAACUGCAAGGGGAAGAGGUGGUGUCAGGGUACACACAGGUUGUUUUCACGUUCGGAAAAAAUUGCAAAUCCAAUGAGGAGCAAACUUUGCUGUUAAGCUUUAGAGAGAUAGGAAUCAGUGUUUCAGCAAAAAAGACAAAACCAGAGACCUUGUAUAUAAUAGCUGCAGUGAAGUCUGACACCGUGGUCUGAUUUCAUGUCAGUUUAAUGUAAAACAGCAAUCAUCAUUACUUUAAAAAAAUGUAUUUAGAUUACUGAAACUUUAAGACUUAAAUAUUUUAAUAGAAAUUAAACCCUAUUGGCUUUGGUUUUAAGUUGGCAGAGGUAAUUUUUGCUUCCGCUGUGGUAUGAGGCUGAGAAUACUUUUUGUAACCGUGCUUGCUGUUUGCAGUUGAUCUUUGAUUAUUCAAGUACUGGCUCUUUAGUCAUUUUGUUAGAAAGUGCAGUCGCAUCAUCUGCUCCCACUGAAUCUACAUUUCUGCUGUUGGUUUUGUUUUGUUUGUUGUUUUGUUGUUGGUUUUUUUUCCUUUUUAAAGACUAAUGCAGCCUAAAAUAGGUAGGCAAAAAAGUGACGUGUACCUGCAGUACAAGGGAUAGGUCAGACUACAGAUUCCUCAUCUUCUGAUUUAAAGCAGCUAGUAUCUGAAGUCUAUAUUUAAAGUUUUAAGAGAGCUGACAAUCUUACCUUUGUCAUCUCUUCUGGGUAUGUUUUGUUAGUAAUGCUAGAAUGUUGAUGAGAGUAUUUUUUUAAAAUAAAUCCCCAGUGUGAAAAAAAAAAAAAAAAUUCACAUUGCUGCUCUUGCUGGAUUUGUAUUUGCUUUGCCCCAUCCUGAAAGGGAAAGAAGAAUGUCUGCAGGUUGUCUUAAGUUGUAACGGAUGUCCUGAUGGUUUAACUGCAAUGUCUGGUAAGUGCUCUGGGCUGGAGGAAUACCAAAAUGUGCUAGGGCUGUUUUAUAGUAAUACUUUUCCGGGGGCGGGGCGGGGAAGGCAAAACAUACAACUGAACUCUUACAUGUUGUAUAAAAAUACCUUUUGGAAAGGAGGGUGUGCUCCUUAAGUUAAAGUAAGACUGAUGACUGAAGUUGAUGCUUUGAAAUGUGUAGGGUGAGUGAAAACAGUCCCCUUGCUGAGAUGAUGCAGUUCCUAGAGAAGCACUGAGCCAGAAAUCUGCACUGCCCCUUUUCACUGAGACAAACUGCUGCUGUCCCUCCCGCCCCGGUGGCAGUUCUGGGCAGAGGGUUUUGUGCAAGCACCAGCAUUGAAUUUGAGGUUGGCACAGCACCUGCAUCCACAGGGGACAGCCCAGGUUUAUGCUGGAGUUUCCUUCCACAGCUGCUAACAACAGCUUGAACUCUACCAGCUGUAUCCAUAUGCAAUGAUGAAAAUAUAAGUGAAGUACAAGGUUAAAAUAAUCAAGCUUUUAAAAUCCUCCCAUGUGCUGGAAAGGAGAACUUGCUUUAAAUAAGGUUUUCUGCAUCAUCUUUCUUAAAAGCAGAAUUGAAACUGCUGGGGGGUGGACAUGUCAUCUGAAGCAAAGUCUGAGAAGAGCUGGAACUAUGGCUUGCUCUCGUUUCCCCUCAGCAUUUGGCAUGGCACAGGUCCUGUGCUGGCUGGUCACUCCAGCCAUUCCUGUGCCACCGCAGGGAAUACUGACUGCUGUUCCGUGUUAGCUGCUAACCCCUUUCCAGUUCCAGACACUGGUGAACAAUAAGCUUGUCAAACAAAUGCAAUUUUUUUAUUACUCAGUUCUUUAUAAAACCAGGUGCCAUCUCUUCACAAGCUGUAGUUUUUCUUCAGGAGGAGACUGUACAAAAAUGGCUACGCACUGACUGGGGGCUUGGUUGAGGGAGAAUUUCUCUCCCCCUAUAAAUUGUGUACAGUUAAAUAUAUAUUUCUUACAAAAGAGCAUUUCCCCUCCAUAAUAUGUCCCACAAGGACUUGAUAAGAAAUUCAAGCUAUAAUCCAUUGCUGCUGUUCCACCUUUUCCACUCUUGGGAUUGUGGUUUUGUUUGUUCAGAAUUUUUUUUUGUGUUGAAUUGAAAAACAGACAUAGAAGAAGCUACCGACUACUGUUUACAGACUGAAAAAAAUACUGCUUUUGUACUACUGGGAUCAUGAGCUUCGAUCCUUUUACAGAUUUCCUCAACUCUGCUUAAAACCAGUGUCUAAUAUAGGUAAAGGUCAGAAGUCCUACCCUGCUUUCUCUACAUAAAGGACAAGAUGUACAAUGAUGUUUGUGUUGCCUGUCAUUUUUGUACUUUUUAACUGUUCAAAAAUCGCAUUUAUAUUUUGCAGUCAUUGAUAAUCAUGAUUUUAUUUUAACUGCUAGUAGUCUUAAAGGGGUGAUUUUUUUGUUGUUGUUGUCUUUAUAUCUGCAGCCUUAUCUGAACUUUCUCUUCCUUGGUUAUUCACUGUUAAUUUAUGACUGUAGGAGAUUUGUAUGCCUCAGCCUUCUUUGGAUUUAAGUGACACAACUGCAACUGAUCUGCUUUAAACUGGAUGGGUUUAUAAUUUAUAUAAAAGUCAGUUUCGUUAAAAAUCAGUA